AUGUCGUUACCUGAGGAGCAGUCGGAGAACCCGAAGGUUGAGGGGCAAUCGACCCUAGAUACCGGCAAGAGUUUGGAUAAUGGUCCUGACGGGGAUAGGGAGUGUCAUGGUGGGGCGGCAGUGAGUGAAACGCCAGUUGAUGAGUUGCCGUCUGGUGAAGUCCCGGCCUAUCUGUGUCAAGACCCGUAUGAGUUGAAGGAGCGAGGAAACCGUUUAUACGAGACUGAGAAGUACAUGGAGGCGGUGGAGAUGUGGAAGCAGGGAUUGAAGAGAGCGCUGCAGAAGAGUGUCCGGGACCCUUCAAUGGAGUGGGUUGCAUUGCAGACGCGUCUCCGGCUGAAUAUUGCGCAAGGUUUCAUCAAGUACGAGGACUACGUGAUGGCUAAGGAGCAUCUGAUGGUUAUUAUGGACCACGAUCCGACGAACAGCAAGGCAAUUUUUCGGUUGGCCCAGGUCUACGAUGGCCUUCAAGAUUUCGAGAAGGCAGUUGGAAUUUUGAGAAGAGGUAUACAACUCCACCCGGAGGAAGCUGCUUUCAAAGUUUUGUACAAUGAACUUGUGAUAAAGGAAAGAGAUUCGCGCCAGAAAUCGCCGAAAACAGUGGUGGACUUGAAUGCUAUCAAAGACAUACGCUCCGAGCCUGUGAUCGAAAAGCCGCGACUGGAUGUGGAACAAUAUCGGUCCAUCCUUAUUGCUGACGAGCCCGUGAGGGGUGAGGCGGUGAUGGGUGAUGAAGCGGUGACGGGUAAUAAUUAUGGGGCAGUGAAUGAUUUGAGGCAGAAGAUGAUCGAGUGGAAGUGUAAGAUACCGCUUUCAGAUACGCCUACAAGGGUUGAGCAGCAGGACCACGUGGAUGGCGAUUUGGAUGACUGGCAUGACAAGAUGUGGUUGUCAGUAUACACACAUGAGAGGUUGGUUGAUGACAAAACCGUAUUGCAACAUUCUCUACCAUUGUCUGUUUUGUACGGCUUGGACUGUGUCUUGUUUCCUUAUAUGGUGGAACGGCCAAAGAACAUUAUGGUUGAUUUAUGUUCAGGUGCUCGUCUUACGUUGCCUGAGUUAGCUUGGGUACCAGUUGAGGGCGACUCUAGAAGUGGUGUUAGCCCUAAAGUUGGAUGCGGUGAACUAGGAUGCGGUGAACUAGGAUGCGGUGAACUAGGAUUGAAGGCAGAAGAGAGAAUGAGUGUGGCUCAUGCUUUAACGCGUACGGGUACGAACCCAUUUACGAUACAUGUGUUGAAUGCGCGAGGUGACGACGAGAUGGAGGUGAAAUGGAGUAGUAUGUUGAAGAGGUUGCCAUCCUUGGAUAAUUUGCAGACGAUUAUGAUCGGGUUUUGUGACCCUAGUGAUCCGUACUCGAAGACACUGACGGCUAGUGACUAUCUUUCUCCGCAAUUGUCGCAGACGUCCAUGGUCCGGGGUGUGUCUCACAAGCUACUAUGUCGGCUGUAUAAAGGAGCCUAUUUGGAGUUUUUAGAUUCGGAGUCAGUGAAGAAACAGACCAAGACCGCGCACUUGACUUGUCAGGAGGUGAACGGUGUUAAAGUUUCGCCCAUCCUUACGAAUCCGAAUCACCCUUUCCACCCUGACCUCGUGGUGGUGCCUCAGUGCAAUCUGAGCCGAAGGUUUGACGAGUAUAUUCCGGUAUUGGCGAUGCUCUGUCUGACGAACACGCUCAUACUCUUUUUGGGCCACAGUUCAUGCGAGUUCCCAAGUCACGAAGCAGUACAGCUACCCGACAUACUCAAAGAGCUUAAUGCCAGGUUCAUCACACAACCAUACUGGAACCCCUUUAUGCUACCCGUCAAGCCCGAUGACGACUGCCCACCCAUGAACGUUCUGAAAAGAAAUCCGGACGGAUCCAUGACCGCCAUAGAUUUCAAGGGCGUCAGCGCAAAAUACGCCUUCGGCCUCUGGAUCAAGGGCUUUAUUAACGACUCUGAAAAACUCCUUACCGACUUAAUCAAGUCAUCAGAAAACGUCCAGGCAUUCAAACUAAAAUUAAAGGCUCAAGGCAUCGACGUUGACCGGGAGGAAAUGGCAGUCCAAACACUAGAGAACGAUACUGAAUACAAAACCAGACUUAGUGAAAUUGUCACUAACUACGAAAAUAGCGUCAAGGAGAAGACAUUAGAGCUCUCUAGGUCCAUCCAGGAGAAAUUACACGCGACAUAA